AUGUUCAAGCUUUCUAUCCUCGUUGCUCUUGUCGCUCUGCGUGUGGCUCAUGCUGCUACAAUUAACGUCGUUGUUGGCGGAACUGGUAUCCUACAAUACACGCCUCCAUUUGUCAAUGCAAGCGUUGGCGAUAUCGUCUCAUUUACUUUUAAGCAAAAGAACCAUACAGCUACACAGUCAACUCUUCAAUCGCCUUGCACACCCAAAUCAGGCGGCUUUGAUUCGGGCUUCGUUCCAGUGGCAGAUUCGGUGACCAGCGGCUUUCCCGUCGCUCAACUCACUGUCACCGACAUCAGCCCGGUUUGGGUGUACUGUCGCCAAGCCAAUCAUUGUCAACAGGGUAUGGUGUUCGCAGUCAAUCCCGGCAACAAUUUCGCUGCGUUCCAAGCGGCCGCUACUGGCGGAGCCGCUGCGACAUCCACUCCCUCCGCUACAGGAGGCGCUGUGGCUACUGUAACAGCCACUGUUACAGUAGGCGGUCAAGCAAGCACUACGACCUACACAACUUCGGCUGCUACAUCGACUGGAAGUGUUGAUCACAAAGUUGUGGUUGGGGGUACAGGCGUGCUGGCAUAUAAUCCCUCCAAUAUCACCGCUCAAGUCGGAGAUACGGUUACUUUUGAGUUCCAUCAAGUGAAUCAUACGGUUACACAGAGCUCCUUUAACACUCCCUGCCGUGCUUUAUCUCUAACAAGCACAACUGGGGCUGUUGGCUUUGACUCUGGAUUCAAUCCCGUUGCCAGUGGCGCCACUACCUUCCCCACAUAUACAAUCACUGUGAACAACACAUCACCAAUUUGGGCUUACUGCCGUCAAGCCAAUCACUGUGGUCAGGGAAUGGUGUUCUCUAUCAAUUCGGUUGAGUCAGGUUCCAACAAUUUUGCUGCUUUCCAAGCACUUGCGAAGCAGCAGAAUGGCACAAGCUCUUCGACGACGUCUAAUACGAGCGACGCGAACAGAAGGACAGUUACAUUCCGUGGCGCGAGCGUUGCGGCUCUUGUUUUUGUCCUCUUUGGCGCUAUGAUUUAGAGAAUGUUUUACUUACGAUCUUGAUGAUUCUUCGCUCUUUUGUAUAUCAGUAUCUAGAUGAUAUUUCCACGUAAUGUAGCAUAGUUUCGUUUGGUAGCCUGGUUGAAUGCCUGGGAAAUU